CCAAAUUAUGCCUCACCAGGAGCCGUGAAUGCCCCAAGUUUCAGGCGCCAAUCAUCUCUAACCUAACCAACCCACCUGGGCUUAGGCGGCAAUCGCAUCCAUCCCAUCCCAUCCCGUGGAGGGGAACAACCGACGCCAGCAGCAAGCAGCCAGCAGCCAGCCAGACAGACAAUCCAGCUCCAGGUCGCCCGUGCAGUGCAGCGCAGAGUUGAGUUCUUGCUCAGAGCCAAGUCAGCCAUACCUACCUACCUUUCCGAUCCCAUUGACCGCUCGAGAAUCCCCCGAUCCUCUUAUCUUCUUCCUCGUCAAUCCCAUUAACUCGUGGUGCGCCGGACGCGUUCGUUCUUGAGGUCACGGUCUCGGUCUCCAUCGCCUCAACGUCAGUCAAGUCAGGCCAGGAGCGGGAAGAGCCUAACUUAUUCACCGCCCAUAGCCAGAAACAUUACCGUUGCAGAUUCACAGCUUGCAGCAUUCGGCGCUGGGGUCUAUGCAAGGUCUUUGGUGAUUGUCUGAUCACCAAGCGCGAAACAACUUAACCAGCUUCAAUCGAUCCUACACCGACUACAAGUAGUCCAGCAGCUACGACUUACGCAUGUACAGGAAGGAAGACAGACGCCUCAUUACCUGCGGCAGCUAUUCGUCCUGCAGAGAGCCCCGUUCUUGAGCUCAAGGAUUCGGCAGACAAGUCCCCACACGAUCGAAAGCUCCAUCAGCCUCCGUGGUAUCAAGCACCUCGCUGGAACCCUUCGAAUUCACCGUGACAUACUACCACCAUCGAAAAGAGAACCCUUCCUUGCUACACUAUCAUUAUUCAGAACAACCUGAUCUCCUAUAAUCGCGCAGAGCCUUGUCAAUUUCCCCGCCACGAAAUAUUGUGGACUGAAUCUGGUCUGCGAACAUCAAGGCACUCGACUAUUGCUAGUGCGGAAAGUAGAGAAAGGCCGAAGAGAUCGAACUUGACCUGCAAUCAAUAUGAAGGGCUUCAGGCAGAGGGUUCAUGAGCAGCUCUCGCGCGCAAAAGACCCAAAUAAAUCUUCCAAAUCCAAGAACAAGGAGUCGAAAGACGGAACAUCGUCCCCAUCACAAGCAGGUUCCUCAAGAGAAGCAGCGCAGUCUCCGGUAGCAACACCAUCCUCGUCAACGACCGCCCUCAAUGACCCAAGAAACAAACCACUUCCUCCAAACGACGGCGGUGCUACAAAUGCUGCAAGCCUUGCUCCUCAGCCAGCCAAUUCUCUGAAUCCUGGCCAUGCUGCACCAGAUCGCUUUAAUGCUAUGGGGGGUGGUUCACCAAGUGCUGGUGGGCCGGGAACUCCGAGUCGACAUGGUCUUCCACCAAGUGUGAUUAUCAGCCCGAGUGCUCCACACAUACCUCCUCCAGGUGCUGCAGAGACGAUGCCGCACGAUCUAGCCCCACCGAAAGCCGGCCAGAAGUCGUUGAUGUUCGAUCGAUUGCAGGCAACUCCGAAGGACGUACCUGAAGGAAUCAGGACACCAAAGAGACAGCACUCCUCCAGAUUUGACAUUUCCCCGCAAAGAGAGCUCGAGAAGCUGCCUGGCUUCCAUGAGGUACCUCCAAAUCGCCGACAGGAUCUUUUCAUGCAGAAAAUAGACCAAUGCAACGUCAUUUUCGAUUUCAAUGAUGCCAGCGGAGAUAUGAAGUCAAAAGAGAUCAAGAGAUUGGCAUUGCACGAAUUAUUGGACUAUGUUGCGAACAAUAGACAGGUCAUUACAGAAGCAAUGUACCCAAGAGUGGUGGAUAUGUUCAGCAAGAAUCUUUUCCGACCAAUUCCACCACCAAUGAACCCACAAGGAGAAGCAUUCGACCCAGAGGAAGACGAGCCGGUGCUUGAGGUCGCAUGGCCCCAUAUUCAGGUCGUCUACGAGUUCUUCCUGAGAUUCAUCGAGAGUCAGGAUUUCAAUACAAACAUUGCCAAGGCAUACAUUGACCACAGCUUUGUGCUACAACUGCUCGAACUGUUUGAUUCUGAGGAUCCCCGCGAACGAGACUUCUUGAAGACCACACUCCAUAGAAUAUAUGGGAAAUUCCUCAAUCUACGCUCGUAUAUACGAAGAUCGAUCAAUAAUGUAUUUUUCCAGUUCGUUUACGAGACGGAGAGAUUCAACGGUAUUGCUGAGCUGCUGGAAAUCCUCGGAUCUAUCAUCAAUGGAUUCGCCCUACCCCUCAAGGAAGAGCACAAACUGUUCUUGACCAGAGUGUUACUCCCACUUCACAAGGUCAAGAGUCUUAGCAUGUAUCACCCACAACUGGCAUACUGCAUCGUCCAGUUCCUGGAGAAGGAUGCAGCCUUGACAGAAGAGGUGGUGCUUGGACUUCUCAGAUACUGGCCGAAGGUCAACAGCACGAAAGAAGUGAUGUUUCUUAAUGAGGUUGAAGAUAUUUUUGAGGUCAUGGAUCCAGCCGAAUUCGCCAAGGUCCAAGAACCUCUUUUCCACCAGCUCGCGAAAUCCGUUGCCAGUCCCCACUUCCAAGUCGCCGAGCGGGCGCUGUACUUCUGGAACAACGAAUACUUCUGCAAUUUGGUUAGUGAUAACGUGGAGAUCAUCCUCCCGAUUAUGUUUGCGCCACUCUACGAGAACUCAAAGGGUCACUGGAACAGGACCAUCCAUGGUAUGGUUUACAAUGCCAUGAAGCUGUUCAUGGAGAUCAACCCCCAAUUAUUCGAUGACUGCUCCCACGAUUACACCGAACAUCAAAACAACGCCGAAGCUCGCGAACAAGCCAGAGAAAACAAAUGGAAAGCUUUGAGCGAGCAAGCGAAGCGCGGGAAAACUAACGGUACAACUCGACCGUCGGCCGUAAGCAUAUCAUCCAGAAAGGGAAAGCCAGAUGAGCUGGAUCCAAUCACCGAGGACAACCAGAAGAGAUUGGAUUCAUUGAAGUUGCAGGAUGGAGAGCGGAGGGAACGAAGACCAGCUCAUGAUCGACAGAACUCGGUAGGCUCCUCCAGAAGCCAGCGAUGAUUGUCCCUGUACUAUGCCGCUCCCUUCUACUUGUUUUGGAGGGUGCCCAACUGUGUGUGAAGUUUUGUCACGGAUAGAGUGUUGGCUCACGCAUACCUACCUGCCUCCUACUUUUCCCACUUUGCUCUUCAAUACCUACCUACCUACACAGCAUCACCUCAAUCAAUCUACUUCACCUUUUGUCUGCCAAUCCCAGCUUGCGCACCCACCCACCUGCUUGCUUACUUGUCCAUCUGUCAUGCCUCACUUACCUACCUGCCUGCCUGCAAUGCAUGAAACCCCUUUUUAAACCAGUUCAGACCGGUUUCAUUGACGCAUGGUGUUGUGACACUUCUAGAAAAGUACAAUCACGAAAACGACGAGCAAUACGAGUCAACAGAGCCGAAGCGGAAACGAAAGCAGAAGUCGCAGUCGUUCGGGAAGUGGUGGUUCGACGGGGGCUGUUGUGA